AUGGCUGACUUAAACGUUGAGGAAACCGGGCAAGUUCUGGAGAACGAGGAAGAAGAGGAACUUGAUGGCGUAGAGGACACCGACGUGAAAGAUGUGGAUCCCGCUAAAAAAAAGAAAAAGAAAAAAAAGAAGAAGAAGGCAGCUGCUAUCGAGGGAACUGUUGAAGGUGAACUUACCACCGAAGCGUCAGAUAAGCCGGCGCCAGAGUCUGUGACAGUAAAUAACACUGGAGAUGGAGAAGAGAAAAAAAAGAAAAAGAAAAGCAAGAACAAAAGCAAAGGAGCCACAAAAUCACAAACAGAUCCACCAACAAUACCAAUUAGCGAGUUAUACCCUGAUGGCAACUUUCCUGAGGGCCAGAUAAUGGAGCAUGGUCCUGCAGAGGGAAUUGAUGAAAGAACUGCUAAAGACAGAUUUUCUAGUGAGGAAAAGAGAGCACUAGAUAGGAUGCAUCAAGAUAUUUAUCAAGAAAUAAGACAUGCUGCAGAAGCACAUAGACAGACCCGAAAGCACAUGCGCGACUGGAUAAAACCUGGCAUGACAAUGAUAGAGAUAUGUGAAGAACUAGAAUCAACGGCACGUCGUUUGAUUGGUGAAGAUGGAUUAAAAGCGGGGCUGGCUUUCCCUACCGGUUGCAGCAGGAAUCAUUGUGCUGCACAUUACACACCAAAUACUGGUGAUACUACUGUACUUGAGUAUGAUGAUGUCGUAAAGAUAGAUUUUGGUACACACAUAAACGGACGCAUCAUAGAUUGCGCAUUUACGCUGCAUUUCAAUCCACGCUAUGAUCCGCUGGUGAAGGGAGUUCAAGAAGCAACCGAGGCUGGUAUUAAAGCUUCCGGAGUGGAUGUGAGGCUGUGUGACGUUGGUGCUGCUGUUCAAGAGGUCAUGGAAUCACAUGAAGUUGAGUUAGAUGGACAAGUGUAUCAGGUGAAACCAAUCCGCAAUUUGAAUGGUCACUCUAUUGGACCCUAUCGCAUCCAUGCUGGCAAAACGGUGCCCAUUGUGAAGGGUGGUGAAACGACACGAAUGGAAGAGAAUGAGUUCUACGCGAUAGAGACAUUCGGUUCGACAGGUCGUGGACAGGUCCACGACGACAUGGACUGCUCUCAUUACAUGAAGAACUUUGAACAACAAUAUAUACCUUUACGGUUACAAUCGUCGAAACAGUUGCUACACACGAUCAACAAGAACUUCAGCACAUUGGCGUUCUGUAAACGGUGGCUGGAACGAGCUGGGGCGACUCGUUACGCGAUGGCUUUGAAAGACCUCUGCGAUAAGGGUGUUGUUGACGCUUAUCCGCCGCUCUGCGAUAUCAAGGGAUGUUACACGGCCCAAUUUGAACACACCAUCCUCUUAAGACCCACGUGUAAGGAAGUGGUGUCGCGCGGUGACGAUUACUAA